CCACAAAUACAUCCGUAAUAAUCUAAAAGACCACUGCUUUUUUUUUUACCUCGUACCUCAGAUUGUUUCACACUUCAUCAACUUAAGAGCAACCAAUUUUGUCGAUUAGGGUUUUGAUAAUGGAUCCAAACUUGGAGUAUUACGACGAGAGUAUCUUACUAAACCCGAAUCUUGAUUCAUUCUCAUCUCUUGAUUUCGAUCAAAACCCUAAUUUUCUUACUGAUCCAACUGAGAGACAGUAUUAUCCUCCAUCAUCUGAUGAAAACGAUUCAUCAAACACACUGCUGAAAUACGUGAGCCAGAUCCUUAUGGAAGAGAGUAUUGGUGAUAAGCAAUCUAUGUUCUACGAUUCAUUAGCUUUACGAAAAACGGAAGAAAUGUUGCAGCAAGUGAUUACUGAUUCCCAAGCUCACUCCUUUAGCUCUGAUUCGAUGAUUACUACAACCACUAGUGAUGAGUUUUGGAAAAGUAGUAGUAGUAGCAGCAUCGAUUCCUCUGGUUCCGCAAAAAUCGGUACUCGUCCACUUGUGAAUGAGAUUCUGGUUAAGAGUAUGUUUAGUGAUGCAGAAUCAGCUCUACAGUUCAAGAAAGGGCUUGAAGAAGCUAGCAAGUUCCUUCCUAAUAGUGACCAAUGGGUUAUGAAUCUUGAAACCGAGAAGCCCGUUUCUGUUAAACAGGAGAUUGGAUUGUCUGAUCAGUCAAGAGUUAAGAAGAAUCAUGAAAGAGAAGUUCUUGAUUUCGAGGAAACUAGGAGCAGUAAGCAAUCUGCAGGGAAUGUGGAAGAUGGGAAGAUAACUGAUAUGUUUGAUAAGGUUUUGCUUCUUGACGAUGAAUGUGAUCCACCAACAGUGUUAGAGGAUAAGAAGAGAGGAGAGAUAAAGAAGAAGAAGAACAAGAACAAGAAGAGUAGUAGUGGCCACGUGGUUGAUUUCCGCACGCUUCUCACUCUAUGCGCACAAGCCAUUUCCACAGGUGAUAAAACCACAGCUCUUGAUUUACUGUUCCAGAUUAGGCAACAAUCCUCUCCUCUAGGUGACGCGUUACAGAGACUCGCUCAUUGUUUCGCAAACGCGCUCGAGGCUCGUUUACAAGGAAGCACCGGUCCAAUGAUCCAAACCUAUUACGAUGCUAUAACCUCUUUGAAAGAAACCGCUGCAGAUACACUCAAAGCGUACAGAGUCUAUCUAUCUUCGUCUCCGUUUGUCACUUUAAUGUACUUCUUCUCCUUUAGGAUGAUCCUAGACGCGGCUAAAGACGCAUCUGUUCUUCACAUAGUCGAUUUCGGUAUCCUCUACGGGUUUCAAUGGCCUAUGUUCAUCCAAUACAUAUCGAACCGGAAAGACGUGCCAAGAAAGCUACGUAUCACCGGUAUAGAGCUUCCUCAACGCGGUUUACGUCCUGCGGAACGUAUAGAGGAGACCGGACGUAGAUUGGCUGAGUACUGUGACCGGUUUAACGUACCGUUCGAGUACAAAGCCAUUGCUUCUCAGAACUGGGAAACAAUCCGGAUUCAAGAUCUUGAUAUAAGACCAAACGAAGUUUUAGCGGUUAAUGCAGGACUCAGGCUCAAGAACCUUCAAGAUGAGACAGGAGGUGAAGAGAAUUGCCCGAGAGACGCUGUUUUGAAGCUGAUAAGGAGCAUGAACCCUGACGUUUUUGUUCACUCGAUAGUCAACGGUUCGUUCAACGCACCGUUCUUUACAUCCCGGUUUAAAGAAGCGGUUUACCAUUACUCUGCGCUUUUCGAUAUGUUUGAUUCGACGUUGCCUAGGGAUAACCAAGAAAGGAUUAGGUUCGAGAGGGAGUUUUAUGGAAGAGAGGCGAUGAAUGUGAUAGCUUGUGAGGAAGGGGAUAGGGUGGAGAGACCGGAGACGUAUAGGCAGUGGCAGGUGAGGAUGGUUAGGGCCGGUUUUCGACAGAAACCGGUUAAGGCUGAGAUGGUUGAGUUGUUUAGGGAGAAGCUGAAGAAAUGGAGGUAUCAUAAAGAUUUUGUGGUUGAUGAAAAUAGUAAAUGGUUGUUACAAGGCUGGAAAGGCCGGACUCUUUAUGCUUCUUCGUGUUGGGUUCCUUCCUAGUGAUGAAUGAUGAUGAUAAGUGUUUUAGUUUUGUAACAAAAAAAAUCAUGUAAUCUUAGGAAUAUAUAUGUUAGGUUUUUCAAGAAUCUUUAGCUCAAAUAUUUGUACAGUAUAUAUAGUUGUUAUACAGUAUUUGUAUGAGAAGUGUAACAUAAUAA